AUGGUUGGGAGUGCAAAUAGUUAUUUUUGUAUUUUACUAGCAGUUACUUCGUUGAUCUACGGAGCUAAAGGAGCAAAUAUCCUAGGACUCUUCCCCAGUCUGAGUCCCUCACAUCUGAUCAUUUCGAUGUCAGUUGCCAAGAUUUUGGCAGAGGAGGGACACAAUGUGACGGUGGUUACAGUAUUGGAGCCAACAAUUACCCACAAGAAUAUUAACUUGGUUUCAGUGCCAAUGACCAAGGAGGAAAUAAAGCAAAGAAGCGAUACAAUAGGAGCCAAACAGAAGAAUACAAGCCCCAAUCGGUUGAUUUCCAUUCUUAAUAUGUCAGGUCAAAUGGACUCCAUGUUGAGGAAGAUGGCAGAUGUCCUGAAGGACCAACAAGUAAAGGAGCUGUACUUAAACAAAGACAAUCACUUCGAUUUGGUGAUAUCGGGCUAUUUCAUGAACGACUACCAACUUGGAUUCGCUAGAAAGGUGAAUGCUCCGGUCGUUGUCCUUGCUCCCAGUUCACCCAGCCAGAUGCUAAACUCUCUGAUUGGCAAUCCCCAUGAUACAGUGGAGAAGGAGAAGGGCAUGACAUUUGGACAGCGUUUAGAUAGCUAUAUAACUAGCCUCUUGUACGGAAUAUUUGUGCGCCAAAUCGACCAGCGCAAUCGCAAAUACUACAAGGAGAUUUUUGGGGAUGACUCCACCAUGCCGGAAUACACGGACAUGCUAAAGAAUACAUCAUUGGUUUUCUUCUGUUCCCAUGCAGCCAGCGAGGGACCCAUUCGGCCUAGUGUGCCAGCUGCCGUUGAGAUUGGAGGCAUUCAGAUCAAGGAUAAGCCGGAUCCCCUCCCUAAGAACCUGGAGGAGUUUCUUAGCAAUGCUACCCAUGGAGCCAUUCUUCUGAGUCUGGGUUCCAAUGUUCAGGGAAGCCACAUCAAGCCGGAUAUAGUGCAGAAGAUUUUCAGCGUUCUCUCGAAUCUCAAGCAGCGGGUCAUUUGGAAAUGGGAGGAUCUCGAUAAGACGCCCGGUAAGUCCGACAAUAUUCUCUACUCCCGUUGGCUGCCACAGGACGACAUACUGGCCCAUCCGAGCGUCAAACUAUUUAUAAAUCAUGCCGGAAAAGGAGGUAUUACAGAAUCCCAGUACCACGGAAAACCCAUGCUUUCGUUGCCGGUUUUUGGAGACCAGCCUGGAAAUGCUCAUGCCAUGGUGAAAAGUGGAUUUGGUCUCACACUCAGCCUUCUUACUUUGGAGGCGGAGCCCUUUAAAGCUGCCAUUCAGGAGAUCUUGUCAAACCCAAAAUACAGCCAAAGAGUGGCCAAGUUUUCCUCCCUCUAUCGAGACCGGCCAGCGACUGCCCGGGAUUCGUUGAUCUUCUGGACGGAGUACGUCAUUCGGCACCGUGGAGCAGCGCAUCUCCAGAGCCCCUUGGUGCACAUGGACUUUAUAGCCGCCAAUAACCUGGAUAUAUAUGCCUUGAUCGCGGCUAUUUUAGUUGGUUUUUUAUUAAUACUAAUGAAAGUUGUUCUAAACAUUUGCAAAAUACUUACAACAAAGUCAAAUAAGGUUAAGAAGCAAUGAUUAUUCCUCAUAAAAUCGUUACCUGCUGAAUAGUAUCGCUUGUUACAGUGUUAAGUAAUAGUAGGGGUUCACGAUACAUUUAUCCGGCCACAAAUAAGUGAAUGAUGAAAAUAGGCCGAAGUUCGCGAAAUGCAAGAUAUUUACAAUCCUGGAAUAUCGUGCCUCUCCCACAAGUUUAAACGAGUUCAACUCAACGAACUCAACUAAACUCCAAAUGAUUACGGGCUUGUGC